AUGCAAAGUAGAAAUACCCUGGGACCACCUUCCCAAAAGGUGAGGGUUACUUUCUGCCAGCCACCCACAUGUGGUUGCAAGGCAGAUCCUGGUGCAAAUCCUCUCAUGCAGUCAUUUGGGCAGGAACUCAAGUGCACAGUGGAAGAUGAUGCCAUGGGGCUCCCUGCAAAAUAUCAUCUAGGAGGUGCCCUGGGAUUGCCAUCUGUUGCUCAGGCUGCUGAUUGCUGGUUGGCUGGAGUAGUUUGUGAUGCCCUCCCUGUGUGGAGGCACAUUGCAUUUAAACCAGUGAAGACUUUGCAGUUCAGGUCUUCACAAACAUUAAGCAGGCAACAAUUAGAAUACCUCCCACAUCUUUCCCAUCUUAAAAUCUCGAUACCCAUAAUCACUUCUGCCAAUGAGCUUGCAGCAUUUGUCACAUUCCCAAUGAAUGACAAGUGCAUAAUCCCCAUGAGAGACCUCACUUUGAGGGGAAUCCACCCAAUCCUUAGUACUCCAGAUGUCUUCAAUGCAAUUGGUCACUGGCAUUUCCUAAUGUUUAUACAAGGCGAUUUUCUGCCCCUCCAGGGUCCUGCAAUUGUAGGCAAGCCUGACUCUCAAGCAGACAUGCCCCUUGCUGAAGUUACAGAAGUCAUUGUCAAAGAGCCAGGACAUGCAUCCUAA